CCUCCCAUGUUUGACUCGAUUGGGGACUUUUAUACCCCGAACGAACUUCUUAUCACAUUCCUUACGUUUUAUGCAGCAAAUUAAAUCAGUAAAACCAAAAGCAAAUAUAACUUGCUCUCUUCUGGACUUGGUAGGACUCGAUCCGGCGACCUCAUGGCGCUCAAAUUUUUGAACAAGAAAGGAUGGCACACGGGCAGUCUCCGAAACAUCGAAAAUGUAUGGAAAGCCGAACAAAAACACGAAGCAGAGCAGAAAAAAUUAGAAGAAUUAAGAAAGCAGAUUCAGGAUGAGCGCGAACAGAGCGAAUUUCGUCAAUUACAGGAACAAGCUGGUCUUGUCCCUAAACAAGAGCGAUUGGAGUUUUUAUAUGACUCUGGAUUGGCCGUGGGAAAAGGCAGCUCUGACAGCUUUGCGUUGGGUAAGCCUGUGGAACCACAGAAGAUUGAGACAGAAAAUGAGCUGAAUAAGCUUGCAGCAGUUCCAGGAGCCCUUUUUGUGGUAGAGAAACCUGCAUCAGCAAAUGACACGUGGAGGAAAUUGCACUCAGACCCUUUGCUGAUGAUCCGUCAGAGGGAGCAAGAAGCUCUUUCUCAAAUCAGGAAUAAUCCUGUCAAAAUGGAGAUGAUAAAAAAAUCUUUAGAUGUCAAAAAGCUAAGAAAGGAGGAGAAGGAAAGGAAGAAAGCAGAGAAAAAAAACCUUAAGAAAGAGAAGCACAAAAGAGAACCUAGCAGUGACUCUGAAUCUGAUAUGGACACUACUAACAGAUUGAGAAAAGCAGAGAAAAAGAAGCGUAAGAAAGAGAAGCAGAAAAGAGAAACAAGCAGUGACUCUGACUCUGAUAUGGAUGCUACUACCAGAUUGAAAAAGACACAACAUAAAUAUACAUCACAUAAACAGUCAAUCGGCAGUGGUUCUGAGAAUAAAUUGCUCAAGGGCAUGAGCAAUGAAGAGGAUAUGAAGAUUAAGAGAAAUCAUCUUAUGGAGCCUAUGGAAAGAUACAACUCAAACAUUAAAAUUCCUGAAGAUAGAGAGCAUUUGAUAAACAGCGAAAAACAACAAGAAAGGAGAUGUCACCAAGAAAAGCCUAGAUCACCUUCAAAUUAUAGACAUCAUAGAGCACAAUCCCCAUCAGAGAAUGGGGAAAGGCAUAGAUCAAGAUCUCCCAAUCAUGGGAAAAUCCUAUCCCAUAGAUCAAGGUAUAGAUCACGAUCCCCUUCAGAGUAUGGGGAAAGGCAUAGAUCAAGAUCUCCCUUGGAUCAUGUGAAAAGCCAACACCAUACACAAAGGCGUGGAUCACGAUCACCUUCAGAUUAUGGUAGAAGGCAUAGAUCACCUUUGCAGGAUGGUGGAAGGCACAGAUCACCUUCAGGUUAUGUCAGAAGGCAAAGAUCACCUUUGCAGGAUAGUGGAAGGCAUAGAUCACCUUCAGAUUCUGGCAGACAGCAUAGAUCACCUUUGCAGGAUAGUGUAAGGCACAGACCACCUUUACAAGACAGUGUAAGGUAUAGAGCACAUUCACCUGAUGGUUGGAGGAAUAAAUUACCUUCAGAUCACAGGAAUAAGAUUGUAUCACAGCAAGACAGAGUAAAUGACUUACAUGCUAGGGGUACAGAUUCCCAAUCAGCUGAGGAAAAACCAUCUACUGUACCUGAUCAUACCAAGCCUGCAUCACGACCGAAGUAUCAGGCAGGCAAGUUAUCAGAAGAAGAAAAAGCUGCCAGGUUACGUGAGAUGCAAAUGGAUGCAGAAUUACAUGAUGAACAAAGGUGGCAACGAUUGAAAAGGGCAUCUGAAGCUGAUGCACGUGAAGCUAUAGAAGCAGCUAAAGGAUCUGGAAAAAAUUUCUUGGAUGUUACUAACAAGAGGGUGUAUGGUGCAGAUAAAGGAGGAAGCUCAACAAUUGAGGAAAGUGUUAGGAGACGCACACACUAUUUACAAGGAUCUGCCAGUGCUACCGAAGGCAAUGCUUUUAGAAGAUGAAAAACAGCUUAGACUACGGUUUCAAUUUCAUUUCACAUGAGCAAAUUCUUUUGCUCGCUUGACUUCUUCGAUAUUAUUGGUGUUGUAUCUUCUUAAUGUAUUUUGUUUUAGUAAUCUAAAAUUUGUACAAUAAAUUCAAGCAAUCCACAAAAUUGUUUUUGUAGAA